AUGGUAUCAACCUUCGUGUGCAGCAAAACGAAUGCGGCGGUGGGUGGGCUCAUCGCAACGGAAUUGCUACGUCCGGCGUACCCGAUAGAAGUACGCUGGGGUAACGAAACGUCCAUCUCUUACUCCACGCGUACGCUUGCUUGCAUCACCAACAAUGAUGUGCUGCGAGCGUUGGCCAGGGUGGCUCCAUCGUUCCGAUUGUACGGUGCAACACCGAUCGAACGAACGCAGAUCGAUCACUGGCUGACGUACACGCUCUCGGUGGAGAAAAACCUCUCGGAUGAACUGAAAUAUUUGAACAAAUGUCUCGGUCCGCUAACGUAUCUCGUGGCGAACCAUCUCACCAUUGCCGAUUUGGCCGUGUUCAAUGAACUGUACGUUCGUUACGAGGAGCUGAAGAAAAUCGGCAUACCAGUACACGUACAACGGUGGUACAAUCUCAUACUGGCACUGCCCUACACGAAGGAUGCGCUACGCAAGCACGCCGAUGAGCUUCGAGCGGCGACAGCUACGUCGGCGAAGGCAAAGGAAUCGACUCCCGAUAGGGGUGCGGAUGGCGGUAAGCGCGAACAGGGUAAGUUCGUCGAUCUGCCCGGUGCCGAGAUGGGCAAGGUGAUUGUAAGGUUUCCGCCGGAAGCGUCUGGCUAUCUGCACAUUGGGCACGCCAAGGCGGCCCUGCUCAAUCAGUACUACCAGCAAGCGUUCCAGGGCAAGCUGAUCAUGCGUUUCGACGAUACGAAUCCGGCGAAAGAAAACGUACACUUCGAGCAGGUGAUUCUCGAGGAUCUGGAGAUGUUGCAGAUCAAGCCGGAUUUGUUCACGCACACAUCCCAGUACUUCGAUCUGAUGCUGGACUAUUGCGUGCGUUUGUUGAAGGAGGGAAAGGCGUACGUGGACGACACGGAACCGGAGCAGAUGAAGAAGGAACGCGAGGAGCGCGUUGAGUCGAAAAACCGCAGCAAUACUCCGGAACGCAAUUUGGCGAUGUGGGCCGAAAUGGUGAAAGGUUCGGAAGCGGGACAGAAGUGUUGCGUGCGGGCCAAAAUAGACAUGGGCUCAGCGAACGGGUGUAUGCGCGAUCCGACGAUCUAUCGCUGCAAAAACGAACCACAUCCGCGUACCGGCACACAGUACAAGGUGUACCCGACGUACGAUUUCGCCUGCCCAAUUGUGGAUGCGAUCGAGGACGUUACGCACACGUUACGCACCAUGGAAUACCACGACCGGGACGAGCAGUUUUACUGGUUCAUCGAAGCUCUGGGGCUACGGCGUCCGUACAUCUGGGAGUACAGCCGGCUAAACAUGACCAACACGGUGCUAUCGAAGCGCAAGCUUACGUGGUUCGUAGCGGAAGGGUUGGUCGAUGGAUGGGACGAUCCGCGUUUUCCGACCGUUCGGGGUAUUCUACGGCGCGGCAUGACCGUGGAAGGUCUGCGGGAAUUCAUCAUUGCCCAAGGUUCCAGCAAAUCAGUCGUAUUCAUGGAAUGGGACAAAAUCUGGGCAUUCAACAAGAAGGUAAUCGAUCCAAUAGCGCCUCGCUAUACGGCUCUGGAAAGUGAACGGCGCAUCCCGGUUCAUGUCGCAGGUGUGCAGCCGGGAACAAUGCAGGCGGCCGUACAUCCAAAGAACGCUGACAUCGGCAUGAAAACGGUCCAUUACGGGCCGCGUGUGCUGAUCGAUUUGGCCGACGCGAAGGAGCUUAAGGAGGGUGAAAAUGCCACGUUCAUCAACUGGGGCAAUCUGAUGAUCCAGAAGGUGAACCGUGGUGCCGAUGGGGUGCCGGUUUCGAUCGAUGCUACACCGAACCUGGACAACAAGGAUUACAAGAAAACGCUGAAACUUACGUGGCUUUGCGAUUUACCGGCGGAUCAAUACACUCCGACGUACUGCGUGUACUUUGAGCAUAUCAUCAGCAAACCGGUGUUGGGAAGGGAUGAAGACUUUAAAAACUACAUCGGUCAUCAAACGAGGACUGAAGUUUCGAUGUUGGGCGAUCCGGAGCUGAAGAAGCUACGAAAAGGCGACAUCAUUCAGCUGCAGCGUCGUGGUUUCUUCAAGGUGGAUCAGGCGUACCAACCGGCCAGCGAGUUUAGUGGCGCCGAGACACCGAUUGUACUGUUCGCGAUUCCUGAUGGUCAUGUUGCCGCUGUCCCGACGGCAAACGUCCCCAAGAAGGAAGCCGCUGGAGAGAGCAAGAAGACGAAGCAAGCGGCUGCUAAACAAUCGAUCAGUGCCAGUGGUGGAUCCUCAGACGUGUCCGCUCUCAACGAUUCCAUCACCCAGCAGGGCGAAAAGGUUCGGAAGCUUAAAGCGGACAAAGCACCCAAGGCGGAUGUUGACGCGGCAGUGAAAGUGUUGCUCGAUCUGAAGGCACAAUACAAAACACAAACGGGCAGUGAUUGGAAACCGGGCGCAACAAGUGCCGUAGCACCGUCCGCAGCACCAUCGGAUGCAGCCGCUACGCUGAACGGAAAGAUCGCCGAGCAAGGAAACUUGGUGCGUGAUUUGAAGGCGAAAAAAGCCGCCAAACCGGAAGUAGAUGCUGCUGUUAAGACACUGCUGGAGCUGAAGUCACAGUACAAAGCGGCAACAGGAAGCGAAUGGAAACCGGGAGCAGUUGCAGCCGGCCCCAGUACGGUAGCCCCACAGCAGCAAACGUCGACAAGCGGCGGAGCUGAUGAAAUUAACGCAAAGAUCGUCGAGCAAGGAAACUUGGUGCGUGAUUUGAAGGCGAAAAAAGCGACGAAACCCGAAAUUGAUGCCGCAGUGAAGUCGCUUCUGGAGCUAAAGGCACAGUAUAAAACAGUGACGGGUAGUGACUGGAAACCGGGUGUGGUUCCACCGGCAGCAGCUCCAGUACAAUCUGGUGCAUUACAACCGACGGUUAGUAACGCUGUUGUUGGGGAAUCUGCAGAAGCGCUCAACAAAAAGAUAAUCGCUCAGGGUGAGCUUGUGCGGGACUUGAAGGGCAAAAAAGCUCCGAAGGCGGAUGUCGAUGCGCAGGUUAAAACGUUGCUCGAUCUGAAGGUACAGUACAAGCAGGCGUCGGGUGGCCAAGAGUGGAAACCGGGCUGUGUACCGCCAGUAAAGAAGGAGGCAACGAAUCCAUCCAAUAUUUCCAGUUCCGGAGGGGAAGCCGAUUUGUUGGCACAGAUCACAGCUCAAGGUGAUAAGGUUCGUGCGCUGAAGAGUGGCAAGGCUGACAAAGCGACCGUUGACUCGGCGGUGGCAGCACUGUUGAAGCUGAAGGCAGAUUACAAGACGUUGACGGGCAAGGAUUGGAAGCCGGGAGCGACAGCUGCCGCAGUAACACCGGUGCCGAACGCUAAACAAGACAAGGAGAACAUGUGUCCGGCUAGUGGCACGGAGCAGGAAGUGCUCGUGGAGAAGAUCACAAAGCAGGGCGAUACGGUACGAUCCCUGAAGGGUAGUGGAGCGGCCAAGGCUGAGAUCGAUGCGGCCGUGAAGGUCCUGCUGGAAUUGAAAGCGGAAUACAAGAAACUUACCGGUACGGACUAUGUUCCUGCCGGUGGUGCAGCUACUGCAGGGCGUCAGCAAUCAAAACCAGCCAGUGCGAAAAAGGAGUCUAAACCAAAACCGGAUCAGAAGCCCAAACCAGAACCAAAGGCGGGUAAAGACGAUGGAACAGGACCGAAGAAACAAACGCGCCUUGGGCUAGAAGCGACAAAGGAAGACAAUCUGCCCGACUGGUACUCGCAGGUCAUUACGAAGGGCGAAAUGAUCGAGUACUACGAUGUGUCCGGUUGUUACAUUCUGCGCCACUGGUCGUUCGCCAUCUGGAAAGCGAUCCGGAACUGGUUCGAUGCGGAAAUUACCAAGCUCGGCGUGAAGGAGUGUUACUUCCCGAUCUUUGUUUCACGGGCCGCCCUCGAGCGUGAAAAGACACACAUUGCUGACUUUGCGCCAGAGGUUGCUUGGGUGACGAAGAGCGGCGAUUCGGAAUUGGCAGAACCGAUCGCGGUACGUCCAACGUCCGAGACGGUCAUGUAUCCGGCGUACGCCAAGUGGAUCCAAUCGUAUCGCGAUCUUCCGAUCCGCUUGAACCAGUGGAACAAUGUUGUGCGCUGGGAGUUUAAGCAUCCCCAACCGUUCCUACGUACGCGUGAAUUUUUGUGGCAGGAAGGCCACACGGCGUUCGCGAUGAAGCAGGAAGCGGACGAGGAGGUCCUAACGAUACUGGACCUGUACGCGAAGGUGUACACCGACCUGCUGGCCAUACCGGUGGUAAAGGGACGGAAGACGGAGAAGGAAAAGUUUGCCGGUGGUGACUACACAACCACGGUCGAGGCCUACAUUUCGGCGUCCGGGCGUGCUAUCCAGGGCGCCACCAGCCACCAUCUGGGUCAAAACUUUUCGCGCAUGUUCGACAUCGUGUACGAGCAUCCGGAAACAAAAGAGAAGGAGUACGUGUUCCAGAACUCGUGGGGUAUAACGACGCGCACGAUCGGUGUGAUGAUUAUGGUGCACGCGGACAACCAGGGUCUGGUGCUACCGCCCCGAGUAGCCUGCAUUCAGGCUGUGAUCGUGCCGUGCGGCAUUACGGCAACCACGACGGAUGAUGAACGACGCCGGCUGUAUGACAGUUGUCGCGAGCUGGAACAAACCAUCGUAAAGGCCGGUAUUCGCUGUGAGGGUGAUUAUCGUGAUAAUUACUCGCCGGGUUGGAAGUACAACCACUGGGAACUGAAGGGUGUUCCCGUGCGCAUCGAACUCGGGUUUAAGGAUCUGCAAAACGAUCAGUUUGUGGCCGUGCGACGAGAUAACGGUGCGAAGCAGACGAUAAAACGCGCGCAGGCAGCGGUGGAAAUUGCGAAGCUGCUCGAAACCAUCCACGCGAGCAUGUACGAACGAGCGGAACGUGACCUGCACGAGCACACGAAGGUUACGAAGCAGUGGGCCGAAUUUUUGCAGUACCUCGAGUCGAAGAACAUCAUUAUGGCACCGUUCUGUGGUGAGAUUGCCUGCGAGGAUCGCAUCAAGGCGGAGAGUGCGCGUGACGAUGCGGAGGCGGAAGCUGGUGCACCGGCGAUGGGUGCCAAAUCGCUGUGCAUCCCGUUCGUGCAACCGGCCACGAUCGAUCCGAAGGUGGACAAGUGCGUACAUCCGGCUUGUGGACGCGCGGCCAAGUUCUACACACUGUUCGGAAGAAGCUAUUAG